AUGACCCUUCUUUCUCUUCCGUCUGCUCGUCUACCGCCCAUACGGAGCAUUCACGAGCACUCAGUCGAGGUCCUAGAAUGUCUGGUCGGGUACCUCCGGACGAUCUACAACCCACCCGUGCGCGGAAGUCGUCGCGUCGACCGUAAGGAGAAGGACGCACUCGAUGGAGAUGCCGAUGGGGAUGGGUUGGCCCACCUACGCGCAGACGAACACGAGAGGGCGUACGCCAUUCGAUGGCUCACGAGCCUCGUCGCGCAAGCUUCGCUUCUUCAGGACACGUCCGAACGGCCCGGCGACGACAACGAAGGGUUCGACGAGAAAGUGGAUGAACUCAUCCAGCGCACUGCCUCUCUCCUCGCAAUCUGCGCUGGCUCCGCCGCUGCUGGAAUCGUUACGCGGAGAUUUCCCCUUGCGUCCCCUCUCCUCCACUCGCCCAUUGAGGUCCAGCUGACCGACAUCCCGAUUUCAGUGGAGGAAGACGCUGCCACGGUCGGCGCGCAUACAUGGGGCGGUGCGUGUCUCCUCGCCGACAUCAUCGCGGACAACCCGGAGCGGUUCGGACUCUCCGACGACGCCAUCGCGCGCGGCCCCCGCAUACUCGAACUCGGCGCUGGAACUGGACUCGUCAGCUUGGCCAUCGCGAAGUAUCUCUCCGCACGAUGCUCUCAAGUAGACAUCGAUUCUGCCGGGGUUGAUGUCGUCGCGACCGACUACCAUUCUGCUGUACUGGAGAACCUUGCUCGCAAUAUUGCACUCAACGCUGGCCUAACCCUCGUUUCUCCCUCUGCGCAUGCUCUAGACUGGUCCGAAUUCUCCCCGACCGCCGAUGGCCAUCCUCCCUCUGGUGCUCCUUUCGACCAACCGUUUGAUGUCAUAUUCGGCGCAGACAUCAUCUACGAAGCCACGCAUGCACGUUGGAUUCGGGAAACGGUGGCUGCGCUGCUUCGCCGGCCAAGUCGUGUGGAGGGAUGCUGUGAUGCCGCGUCCUCUCCUCGUUUCCACCUCCUUAUCCCCCUCCGGCCCACCCACGCCUUGGAGUCGCGCACCGUACAAGAUGUCUUCCCCCGAGUACCCACGUCCGCUAUCUCCGGGGACGAGUCGGCCUGGACGCUGUGUAUCCUGGAGGAUGAAGCGUUCGUAUGCGAAGCGGACGAUGCUCGAGCCGGGGAGGAAGUGCAUUAUGUCCACUAUGUGAUCGGAUGGGCCUGAUUGUUGUACUUGGUGUGAACUUUUCUGUUCUGGGCUUUUGCAGGCGUCGCACACCCUACUGAAUUUUCAUAGACAUAGACUGUAGAACACUAUGUAGAAGGCUAUGCACCUGAACCGUCCACUCGAGCGUCCCGCGAUCAUGUCAGGUAUCCUCGCAAAUGUUUUGAUAUAUCC